AUGUCGAAGGAGCCGUCGACCGGGAAGAUCAUCCACCGCAAGCAGAUCGACUACACGCUCCUGUGGCCCAUCGCGCUCGCGCCCGUGAUCCCGGUCCUCGGCAUCGCUCUGCGGUGCGUCUCGUCGCGAACGCGAACUCGAACUCGGCCGACGACAGCUGUGCGUUCGAUCUGA